CCGAGGAUCCGUCCGGGCCCUGCUUCGCGGGGCAGCGGCUGGGAGGGAGUAUUGGGGCCGGCGGGGUCCUGCUUCGGGCCGGGACGAGCUGUGACAAAACCCCCCGCCCCAGGCCUCAGGCGAGAGACUUGCUCCCCCCGCCGGCCUUUUGUCUGCGGUGUAGCCUUACAGUGUUGUCCUCAAGAAAGUGUUCUUUAAAAACAAAACAAGCCCCAAAGCAGUAGGAAGGCAUGGGAAGUUGUUGCGUUGUGGCUGCUGUGAUAGUUUUCACUCUUAGAAAGGAAAAUCCCCUCAGGAUUCCCAAACGACCCGCUGUGCAGCAGCCGCCUCCCGCCCGCUGAGCCCUGACUGGCGGUUGCCGGGUUGCGGCGUCGCGGGAGCUGCUGAGGUGGUGGUUCAGAACACGCAGAAGCAAUUCUUUCCUCACAACGAUAGUGCAGUAGUACCUACCAUAUCCCAGAGCUUUCCAUCCUGACGCUACAGACUCAGACGAGCUAUUUACUCAGUGAUGGACUCGGGGAAGGGCAGAUAUGGGCUUAUUAUGCCCAAGAAAUUGCCACAGAAAAAUCUUGUUUCAACAAAACUCUCGGUGUUUGCAGAUGACUCUGAUGAUGAGCCAUCAGUUGGUGAAAGUCUUCAGAAAGAAGCAUUGAAAAAACAAGCAAUGAAACAGACUAAAUUGGAGAUUCAGAAGGCUUUGGAGGAAGAUGCUACAGUGUAUGAAUAUGACAGUAUUUAUGAUGAAAUGCAGCAACAGAAGAAAGAAAGUAAUGCCAGAAUUUUAUCCGGAAAAGAUGACAAAAAGCCUAGAUACAUCCAAAAUCUCCUCAAAGCAGCUGAGAUUAGAAAGAAGGAGCAAGAAAAGAGAAUGGAAAGAAAAAUUCAGAAAGAGCGUGAAAUGGAAGGAGGAGAAUUUGAUCACAAAGAGGCUUUUGUGACUUCAGCCUAUAAGAAGAAGCUACAAGAAAGGGCUGAGGAGGAGGAAAGAGAAAAAAGAGAGGCGGCUCUUGAGGCAUACCUGGAUGUGACCAAACAGAAGGAUCUCAGUGGAUUUUACAGACAUCUUUUAAACCAGACAGUAGGGGAAGAAGAGAUGCCUAAAUGCAGCUUUCGUGAAGCCAGGAUAAAGGAAGAAAAAUCUGACAGUUAUGUGGAAUCCAACCAAAGGAACAAAUGUCCAUAUGAAAAACAAAGACUGAAGCCCUCUGCUAAGAAAGAGAAUAAUCCAGAUGCUGAUACUGACUUAGAAACUGAUAGUAGUGAUGAUGGUAAGAGACACAAAAACAGUAAAAUGAGUUUGGAAAAGAAGAGGAGGAGAGAGAGUUCUGUGAGCAGUGAAGAGGAGGCUAAACAUCACAAGAAGUCACCAAACUCUUCCAGUGCAGAGGAAGAGCUGCAUGCAAAAGCCCAAACAAGUCAUCUUGCAAAGAGGGGAGAAAGCAGACUGACCAGAAGGGGAAAUGAUGAACAGUAUAGGGAAAAAGAUUAUGAGAAAAGUAGGACUCAUGAAAGGGAUCAUCAAAGGGUAAGGGAAGAACGACAUAGAUAUGGAGAUCAUGGUAGUAAAGAUAACUACAGAAGGAGGGAAGAGCAAGAUGAUAAACAAAGGGGGAAGGAAAGAAAAGAGAGGGAGGGACAUGAAAGAGAAUGGAGGAAGGCAAAGGAGAGAGGAGAGAAGGGCUCAGAAAAGGAACGAGAGAAAGAAAGAACAAGAAGUGAUAAAGAUAGAUACAACAACAGAGAGAAGGAGAGAGGAGAGAAAUGUAGAGAAAAAGAAGAUCAUGUGAAGGAGAGGAGAGAGAAAUACAGUAGUGAUGAAAAGAAAUACAGAGAGAGGAGGGAAGGUACUCCUGCAUCUUUAGAAAAAGGUGGAGAGACUGACCUGGAAAAAGAGAGAAAGGGCAAAGAGAAGGAGGUGGAUGAGAAGGGAAGACCCAUCUCUGGAAUGUUGCCUGAGCAGAAACGUAAAGCUGAAGAAGAGAAAGAACAAUCCCAGAAACCAUCUGAGACUGUGAGCAAAUUCGCCAAACGGAGCAAUGAAGAGACGGUGAUGUCAGCGAGGGACCGUUACCUGGCCCGGCAAAUGGCACGUGUCAGCACUAAGUCUUACAUUGAGAAGGAAGAAGAUUGAUGGCCCUGAGGUGAGCAAAAUCACUUGGUCUGUGAACCAAGAGAAGAAUCUGAUGCUGCAUGGACCCUUGUACAGAAGUCAGAGUGUAUCCUAGCUGUUUAUUCCCAGCUUUCAUUUAGGAAAUUUUGUGUGCCAUAACAGAACAACUUUUUGAAAGGAUUAAUGGAUUACCUGAUACAUAACCUUAGUCUGUUUAUAUAGUUAAGAUAUUGUAUUUCUCUGACUCUGCCCAGCGUGGCCUUGAGUACCCUAUCCUUGGUACUUGAAGGUUCUGGAACGGACCUGGGCGUGUUAAACAGCAUAAGGUGAGAAUAAUUUCCCUGGGCAGCCCCUACUCCUUUCACCAGCUGACACAGUGAGCUCUGCUGAGAGAAAAGUGUUCUCAGUCCUUUGCAGAAAUCAUCAUUGCCCACUGAUGCUCUCAACAGUGAGAAGCAGACCUGUAAAAGUGUGAAAAAAAGCAAGAAAAACAGACUGAAUAAUAAUCUAGGAGAUUUAUGUACAUAGUGUGGUGUUUUGUAAGUUAAAUAUUAAUUUUGUAUUUAUGUGUGGGCUUUGGUUUUGGGGACCUGAUGUACAGAAACAAAUAAAGUGUAAGAUAUGUUGUGGAUCUAA